GCCCUCCUCCCCUACCGCCUCCGGUCCCUCUCAAACGGAUCAAGAAGCCAAGGCUUUUUAUUUUUUCCCGUUCGUCCUCGAAAACCCUAGAAGCCCCCAUGGAUCUUCUCCAAAGCUACGGGGACAAGAGCGACGAAGAAGACGGAGAAGAAUCGCGACGAGAAGAAGGAGAAGAGAAGGGGAAAGGAGGAGGGGAGGCGGCCCCUGCCUCGCCGGACUCGGACUCCUCGUCGUCUCCUCCCCGAAUCCUCCCGGCCAAGUCCGCCGCGCCACGGGUGGACGACACCGCCCUCGCCCUCGCCGCUGCUGGCACCUCCCGCUCUCUCCACCGCCCCAUCGACCCGGCCCAGCACGCCGUGGCCUUCAACCCGACCUAUGACCAGCUCUGGGCCCCGAUCUAUGGCCCCGCCCACCCCUUCGCCAAGGACGGCGUCCCCCAGGGCAUGCGUAACCACAAGCUCGGCUUCGUCGAGGACGCCUCCGUGGAGCCCUUCCUCUUCGACGAGCAGUACAACACCUUCCACAAGUACGGCUACGCCGCCGACCCCUCCGGCAUCGACUAUGUCGGCGACCUCGACACCCUCCAGCGCAACCAGGCCCUCUCCGUCUACAACAUCCCCCAGCAGGAGCAGAAGCGCCGCCGCAUCCAGAUGAAGGCCGCAUCUGCUGAGGAAGACCCCGCCGCCGCCGCCGACCCCGACGUCGACAACCCCGCCUCCGAGGAGUGGGUCCUCAAGAACCGCAAGAGCCCGUGGGCAGGGAAGAAGGAGGUGGUCCAGGGUGAGCUUACGGAGGAGCAGAAGAAGUACGCCGAGGAGCAUGCCGCGAAGAAGGCCGAGAAGGAGAGGGGCGGCGAAGGGAGAGGGGACAGGGCCGAGCACGUGGACAAGAGCACCUUCCAUGGGAAGGAGGAGCACGAUUACCAGGGCCGGUCGUGGCUUGCACCUCCGAAGGAUGCCAAGGCCUCCAACGACCACUGCUACAUCCCCAAGCGGUGGGUCCAUACGUGGAGCGGCCACACCAAGGGCGUCGCCGCCAUCCGGUUCUUCCCCAAGCAUGGCCACCUCCUCCUCUCGGCGGGGAUGGACUCAAAGGUCAAGAUUUGGGAUGUCUUCAAUUCGGGCAAGUGCAUGCGUACCUAUAUGGGCCACUCCAAGGCGGUCCGGGAUAUCUGCUUCUCCAACGAUGGUACCAAAUUCUUGAGCGCGGGGUAUGACAAGCACAUCAAGUAUUGGGACACUGAGACUGGGAAGGUUAUCUCGACGUUCUCCACUGGGAAAAUCCCCUAUGUUGUGAAGCUAAACCCCGACGAAGACAAGCAGAACAUUCUUCUUGCAGGGAUGAGUGAUAAGAAAAUAGUUCAGUGGGACAUGAAUUCUGGGGAGAUCACACAAGAGUAUGAUCAACAUCUUGGGGCUGUGAAUACCAUCACGUUUGUGGAUAAUAACCGGAGAUUUGUUACUUCGAGUGACGACAAGUCCCUUCGUGUAUGGGAGUUUGGGAUUCCAGUGGUUAUAAAGUAUAUAAGUGAGCCACACAUGCAUUCGAUGCCAUCAAUUUCUCUUCAUCCCAAUUCAAAUUGGCUGGCGGCACAGAGCUUGGAUAAUCAGAUACUUAUAUAUAGCACCAAGGAAAGGUUUCAGCUGAAUAAGAAGAAGAGAUUUGCAGGACACAUUGUUGCAGGCUAUGCUUGUCAGGUGAAUUUUUCCCCAGAUGGACGGUUUGUUAUGUCAGGGGAUGGAGAGGGGAAGUGCUGGUUUUGGGAUUGGAAGAGUUGCAAAGUUUUCAGGACUCUAAAAUGCCACGAGGGAGUGUGUAUCGGGUGCGAGUGGCAUCCAUUGGAGCAGAGCAAGGUAGCAACUUGCGGAUGGGAUGGCAUGAUCAAAUACUGGUAA